UCUGCUUUUAUAAUUGCAUUGCACAACUAAACGCAAAGAACAUGUUUAACUUUUGGAUAAUCGUUUUUUGCCUAGGAUUACUAGCAACUAAGCCAAUAAAUGGACAAUCCGAUGUGGAGGUGAAGCUGGUGGUGCCCAGAUGGGUGGAGCGUGGCAAUAGCGCCACAUUCGAGUGCAGACACAAUGUUAUAAAGGAAAUACUAUUCAAGGUAACAUGGCUGAAGGUUGACAAGGGCAAAUUUUUUGAGUUCAUCAAUGGACGCAAUCCGCCAUUUCGUAAUUCAAGCAUUGAAGGAGCCGAAAUUGAUUGGGAUAAGUCGAAUGAAACGCAGGUAACCUUGAAGAAUGUGCAAUUCGAUUUGACUGGACAGUUCUUCUGCGAAGUAUCAACGGAUACGCCCAUUUAUACCAAGGCCAGUGCCGAUGAGCUAAUGAACGUUUACUUGCCGCAAACGGGACCGCCCACCAUUAAGUUUCGCAAGCGCACGCCCUUUGCCAUGGGCGAGAAGCUUUUCGCAUUGUGCAAUACAACGCGUGGUCGUCCAGCUCCACACAUUACCUGGCUAAUCAAUGGCAAAAAGGUGGAGGAGAAAUAUGUGCGUACGCAUCAUGUCUAUUCGUUUAAUGGCAAGCACCAGCGACGCACUCAGCAGCAACAGACGCAGCUGAGUCAGCAACAAUUGCAGCAUUACUAUCAGCAACAGCUAUACAAUCAGUAUCAGCCGCAGUAUCAUAUACCACCGCACUAUAUCGAUCGCUAUGACAAGAGUCUGCGCUGGGGUGGCGCACGACCAGGCGAGGAAUUUGCGCAUUUCACUCCGCAUCAUGGCCACGAAGGACACGGACAUCAUGGCAACAUCUACAACAAUCCGUUUGGCGCAUUGACCAACUAUCACGACAUUGGCGAGAUACACGAGAUACAUCAGCGUAAUUAUGAUUUGCAAAAGCAAAUCGAAUUAAAAAAGCAACAGCAGCUGGAGCUAAAGAAGCAUCGAAAUUCCAAUCGCAAGUACCGUCGACACAUCAACGAGAAUGCGCUCGGCAUUAUACGCAGCACGUUAAACAAUGGCGGCUUCGGACCACAGGCGCCCAGCAUGAACAAAGAAAUGGGCGGCAUGCCGGCCAAGGCGAGUCCCAUGAAUCAGCUCGCCGCUGGCUAUCAGCGUCCAUUGUCGCAUCCGGGCGGCGGCAGCGGAGUUGCAGCAGCUGCGGCAGCGGUGACGGCAGCUCAGCAGGAGAAGGGCAUGUUUAGCAUUAGUCAGCUCAAUCUGGAGAUAACGGAGCAGCAUGUGGGCAGUAAUGGGCGCAUGGAGAUAACCUGUCUGUCCACCAUACCAGCGACGAUAGCGCAGGGCGAGCAGUAUGCCGAUUACAAAACGUAUUCGGUUAAAGUGGAGGUGGAGCGUGAGCUGACGUCCUUGACGUCCACAGCACCGCCGAGCAUUGGCAUGGCCGCUCUGGGCAAUGGUAAUGGGCAUGGCAACGAAACCUCCGCCGGCUGGAGAGCGCGCAGCGCGCUGCUUACACAACUCUGGUCGCUGUCACAAUUGCUGCUCGUCGUGCUGCUGCCACUGAACUACUAAAUGCGACACCUGCAGCGAGGCUAACGAGCAUCAAGGAGCAAGGAGCAAGCAGCAACAGAAGAGAACCACCGACACCCACACACAACACACACACACGCACACCCACACAAGGUACAGUAAAAACAGCCAGAGGCAACCACAGCAAAUAACAAAUAACAAACAACCAACAG